UUGGUUACCAGGUAACCAAAAUCCAGGGAUUAAAUGUUCGCUCUGUAUCAGGAUGCUGGAGGUCCAUUACAAGUUUCCAUAAUGUAUUUUCAUUAUUUAGAGCAUUUAGCAGAUUAGAGGAGAGGAGGCAAAGCGCCCAAUGAGUCACUGAGAUUAACGAUAACGUAGGCCGGGCCCAGAAACAUACAGGAAGUCGCCAGGAUUGCUGGUAUAAAAGGAAAUGAAGCUGAAGCCCUCGAUUCUACAGGAGUCCUGCAGAACGGAGGGAUGAAGGAGAAACUUUUCCACACUAUGACACCUGCUGUUCCUCUGAUGGGCUUUAUAAAAUCAGCUGAAGUGUCUGUUCUGCUGAUGUUUGUUCUCUGCACGGCGGACACCUACUCCAGUCUCGAUUCCUCAAAUUUGGGCUGCAUGGAAUGUCGGCUGGAGAGCAACGUUUUCUUUUCAAGGGAAGGGAAACCGGUCUACCAGUGCAAGGGCUGCUGCUUCUCCAGAGCGUACCCAACACCUCUGCGAGCCAUGCAGACCAUGACGGUUCCAAAGAACAUCACCUCAGAGGCAACGUGCUGCGUUGCAAAGCACAGCCACGAGACAAUCGUAGAUGACAUCCCACUGAGAAACCAUACGGAGUGUCACUGCAGCACCUGCUAUUAUCACAAGAUGUGAUCAAUGAGAAGUGAUCAGUCUGUGCUCAGCUUUGCAAUACAAUUGGAUUCUUUUCAAAAUAAAAUAAAAGCACAAGCUCUUCUUUAUUGCAAACUACUUGCUUUUGGCCACACCUGAUAGUAUUUUUGAAGUACUCUUGGAUCUGUUAAAUGUAACUAGAUGUCAUUUUUACACUGAUAAAUGUAUUUGAUUUAUUGAUUUCUUUAAAAGUAAUAAAACUUUCUGGUCAAGAA